GAGAUGGCGAUUUGGAGAGAAAGUAAUGGUUAUAUAAAAUUUGAUGCGCUUACCGGCCCAAAACAUGCCGUUUCGUUAGCAAUCUGUCACAAACCCUAAUACCUGGAUCAACAUGCCAUCCAAGAUCGUAACUUCAACAAGCUAUGGAGCUACUUGCUCCUUAGCUUCAACAAGUGUAUCGAACCAACUAAAUGCAAAGGAAGAAUCCAAUGAUCGAAUCCAAAUUUGGCUGUUGGACCCAGGGCUCGACCUCCAAGGCAGGCUGCUGACAGGAGCGUCACCAUGGCACAGCCCCAGAGCCCAACACCAAACGCGGAGGAAUAAUUCAAGUCAAAACCUGAGGCGGAUUUUUGAGGUGAUGAAUUAUUGAAGGCGAUUAAAAAAUGCGGGAUUGUUUUGUGAUUUUAAGGCAUGGCAUCUUGUCAUAAGCGACUAGAGAGUCCUAAGGAGAAUCCCAAAGACACAUCAAUGAUUUAAUAGGCUUCAUAUUGAUAUUGCAAUGAUCUCUAAGAUACCAUGGCCCGAAAACGGCAUGUUGGUCUCACUCAUAUUUCUCGGCUGUCUGCACGUUGCAUGCGGUUCUGCACCCCUCCGUAUUCGUAGUACAAUGUACGUGUAUAGUGGAGCAUCC